AUGACUAAUGGGCAUUUCACAGUGUGUAUGUGUGUUGCUGGAAUUCCGGUGAGAUAUAAAUCGGUUUUAGACCUCACGGAGAAUGGAAACGCUGAAAUGAAGUUACAGCAAAUCAAACAGGAUCUUUGCAAGACAGGACAGUCAACAGCACCACAAAUCUUCUACCCAUUCGGUUCCUCAGCAGGAGACGCAAUAAACCCUGCUAUUGAUGAUGGAGGCUCUUCUGUUAUUACACUAAUUCCCUUUUUGUUUUUUGGACAAACAUACCAGCAGAUUUAUGUUAAUAAUAAUGGAGACCUUACAUUCAGCCAGGCUUUACCACAAUAUGUUCCCUACUCAUUUCCAGCUAAUGGAAGUAGGGAUAUUAUUGCUGGAUUCUGGGCUGACCUUAAUAACGGAGCAAGUGGAGUCAUCUCUUAUAAUCAAUACACUAAUGGAAGUGUUCUCACUCGCGCCACUCAGGAUAUCAACAAUUAUUUCCCAAAUCUGCCCUUCACUGCAUCUUGGGUUUUUGUUGCAACGUGGGAUAAAGUACCGUACCAUCUCUCUACAGCAGAAACAUCUUUUCAAGUGGUUUUAAUCUCAGGCAGUAAUUAUUCAUUUCUUCUGAUGAAUUAUGGAGAUAUUGCUGCAACAGGACGUACAGUGGAGGCUGGUUUUGACACAAUAAACUCCACAAACUACUUUGUGAUUCCUGGAUCAAACAAUGGGAGCUCUGUCUCCAACCUCAACACCUCUAGUAAUGUCAAUGUUCCAGGCCGAUGGGUCUUCAGGGUGGACGGUGGACCUCAGACAGCAUGUUUGUUUAAAUGUUUGGGAGGUGGACACAAACAGUGA